ACUCAGGCGAAACUUCUCAUCCACCAAGCUUCUUCCUACAUUGCAGUCAUGUCGCUUCUUACCAUGGGCCAAGAACACAGAGGAACUAGGGCAAACAUUGCCUCAUUCGUAAGUUUUUCUUGAACAUUGCCUCUUUCGUAUGUUUGUAAUUAGUUUUUUAAAAGUCCAAUAUAAUGAUUUUUUAUAUUGUUUGUUUUUAAAGGAUCCCAAGAAAUUUCGUCAACGUUCACACCCAAUGCCUUAUCCAGACCCAUGGUGCGUACCUUACAUAGAGCGUGCGGGUUUCGGUCAUGUAAUGCAUGUCGUAAAUGCCACCAUUGAUGCCAAAUUCAUUUUGGCUCUGUGUGAACGUUGGAGACCUGAGACACACACCUUUCACCUACCAACUGGUGAAUGUACCGUCACAUUAGAGGACGUGUACAUGCUUUUAGGUCUUAGAAUAGAUGGUAAGCCUGUGACCGGAAAUGUUCAACAGCCUAACCAAAUAUGUGUUCAAAUGUUGGGGGUAGAUCUGGUCGAGGGUGAGGGGUCUGCCAAAGCAAGGGGUCAGGGUAUUAAAUUAUCUAGCCUACAAUUGUACCACGACUCCAUAACUUUGACUGAGGAAUCCUCCGAACAAGAAAAAGUCAUAAAAACCCGGGUUUACAUUAUGCUAUUGUUUGGGAACUUGCUAUUUCCCGAAGGGACGGGAAAUAGCAUAAAUUUUAUGUACUUGAGUUUGCUCGGGGACAUUGAUAGAAUAAGCACAUAUAGUUGGGGUUCUGCAGUAUUAGCAUUCCUAUAUAGCUCUUUGUGUAAAAAUGCACAAAAUGAGCACUGUACAUUUUCUGGAUGUGCUUUUUUGCUUCAAACAUGGGGGUGGUGGAGAUUGCCGAGGCUAGCCCCAGAAAAUCCUAAUGACUACUCCUUCCCCUACGCAACUAGGUUCAUUACAACCGGACUGGAUUACAGUCUUACCCCCAAAAAUAAAAUUAUAUUUUAUCGUCAACUGUUGGAUCGUCUCCGAGCACAGGAUGUAUUACCACUAAAUCACUCAACUUCUAACUGAUUUAUUAAUGUCAUGCAUUCUCGAUAAAUAACAUAUUUACUUUUUUCUUUGCAGUUUAUUUGGAGGCCAUAUUUGGGAUUGGAACAUCAACCCAACCCCGAAGAUGCAGCUGUUUGGACAGCAAAAACGGCCAUAAUGCGGUUCACCACUGUGGAGAUGCACCAAAGUGACCGUGUCAAGCUUCAAUUCGGAAUGCAUCAAGACAUCCCAGGCCCCCCAAUGUCCAUGGAACCUUGGCAUCUAA